UCAUAUUUAUACACACUACCACCGUAGAAGGGUACGACAUACCAUGCCCCUAUAAAUCUCCGUGUUGUAAGAUGAGCUCAAACAGAGGAGGCGUCCCAAUUGCAGGCCAUCUCUCUCAAUCCUCAUCUACCAAACCAUCCGUUUCUUUUUCUAUGAGAUCUUCACUUGGGCAUUCUCUCAAGCACUCAUCUAUCAUCGCUUUUUGGUUUUAAUUUCUUCUAGGCACCCAUAGAUCCCGGUUCGAUUUGUCUCCUUGCUCGCCUUGCAGCUUUUGAUAAGGAUGAACUCGUUGCCGGAUGCGAUUAUCCAGCACAUCCUUUCCCUCCUGAGCAAUGCCCGUGACAUUGCAGCCUGCACAUGUGUCUCCAAGCGGUGGAAGGAGGCCACCCUUUUCAUCCCCUCCCUCUACUUCCCCCGCAACUCCUUCGAUGCCAUCCCCCGUCCCGAUGCCGAUGCCACUAUUGGCCGCAUGAUCUCCUCCACCUUCCGGCUUGAGGAGCUUGUCCUCUACUGUCCCUUCUUGGCCUCAAGCCUUGCCUCCUGGCUGUCCUCCUGCAGCUGCUGCCUCCGUGUUCUUGAGCUCCGGAUGGAUGGUGCUGCUGAUAAGGUGGUCGGAGGCAGCGAGGGGCCCCACCAACUCGACUGCAUAGAUGUGGCAAAAGGGUUGGAGGCCCUCAAGCUUUGGGGUGUUUCCUUGACCAGGUCCCCCAAUUGGGGCUCCUUCCAGAGGCUCCACACAUUGGAGAUUAUUGGAGCGACUCUGAGGGAUAGCGCAUUGAAGGAUGCAGUGCAUGCUUGCCCAAACCUGACUCACUUGGCACUACUUGGGUGUGAUGGCAUUGGCUCGGUGUCAAUAGAAUUGGAGCGAUUGGAGAAGUGCAGGUUGGAUUUCUUGGGUCCAGGGAAUUGCUCGCUCUUGCUCAGCUCGCCAAGCCUUCAGGUGCUUGAGAUCCAAGGUUUCAGCUGGGUACGAGUAAGCCAGAACCAUCGCUUGAGAACUCUAUGCAUUGCCAAAAAUACAGGGAGAGUGUACAAGGUAGACUUGGGGAAGCUCGCAGACCUAGACUACUUGUCCCUCAGAGGGGUACAAUGGAGCUGGAGUGCCAUACAUUCUGUCCUACAAUGUGCAAGUGAGGUGAAACACCUAGUUAUGAAGAUUGAAUUUUGUGGGGAUUUCGACACAUUCCAACCCUUUCCAGAGAUUGACUUGGUUGAGUUCUUCAAUAACCAUCCAAAGCUGCGGAACUUCGAGAUCCAUGGGGCAAUGUUUGCUGCAUUAUGCCAAAAGAACAGCCUAAAAAGUCUGGAUUCGAGCUUUGUGAUUCGUUGCUUGGAGAAGGUUCUCAUCACUGUGAGAUCCCCACUGAAUGCAGAGCAAAAGUUGAACACUCUAGAAUCCUUGGUUAUGUACAGUGUGAAGCUGCGCAAGAUGGUCAUUAGAAUUUCUCAGAUGAAGAACUGCCAUGAAACUGCUGAUGAUUUCUUUGAGGAGAUUUGCAAAUUCAAGCAAAUGAAUUGUAAAAUAGUCUGGAUUGAAUAAAACAGGUGCCUUCUUUAA